UUCCCCAGCAUACAAAACAUAUGACCCAGUUGAUUCAACAUCAUAUUAUUUUGUUUUGGUAAUAAACUCGAGUUUAGAGAUUUCAAAUUUUUACAGAAAUUGUAGAUUUUUUAGACCAUAGAUAUAAAUUUUCCAAACAAAUUUAAACAUGAGUGUGCACAAAGUAAGCUUUGUGUGUCAAAGGUGCCUUACUCUUAUAAAAAUCCAUCCUUCUUUCUCCUCCAUCGAUGAACACACAUUGGCUGAAUUACAUCUUCCCCUCUAUACUCCGCCCCCAAUGGAGCUGGACGCGAGUGGGGAGAGUGACGGAAUAGUGGACAAAUUUGUGCCUGGAACCACGUCUCAGUCGUCUUCGAUAACGUCGACAUCACGCGCGGGUGGGUUCACCGUGGUCGGAACUUCCUCCGAUAUUUCGCCCCAGGAGGGUAACCAGCUCAAGACGCAGAUGGAGCUUUUUGACAUCAUCUCCAACAAUACAGAGAUUGAUCAUCCCCUCUGCGACGAGUGCACGGACACGCUCAUCAAUCUGUUGGACACCGAACUCAGGGCCGCGGAGGAAGAGUCCAAUCAAUAUGCCGAUUUUCUAAAAAGAUUGGAACACGAACCGGAAAAUGAGGACGUUGAUGGGCUGGAGGAACAAUUGCGAGAACUGAAGAAAGAAGAAGCCAGAUUGAAGGGGGAGUUGAACGAGCUAAAAAUUGAGGAAGCCACAUCGUUCGAGAACUUGCAAAAGAAUAAGACAGAAUACAACAGAUUAAGAGAUCAAGAAGAAGAAUUUCUCAAAGAAUAUUGCCGGUACAAGAGGCAAAUCAACGAAAUUGAAGAUUAUGGUGUAACACUGGAUUGUGAACUUAAAUAUGUCGAUAGUCAAUUGGAACGCUUGGAAAAGACAAAUGCUCUCAAUGCAACAUUUCAUAUUUGGCAUAGUGGACACUUUGGUACAAUUAACACGUUCAGACUGGGAAGACUUCCAUCUGAACCGGUGGACUGGAACGAAAUUAAUGCCGCAUGGGGACAGACGGCCUUGCUACUCAAUUCAUUGGCUAGAAGGAUCAAUUUUAAAUUUUCCAAUUAUCAAAUUGUUCCAUUUGGAAAUCAUUCCUACAUUAAGGUACUCAACGACAAUACUGAACUUCCUUUGCAUGCCACUGGUGGGUUUAGACUCUUGUGGGACACGAAGUUUGAUUCGGGCAUGACGGCGUUUUUAGAUUGUUUGUCACAACUACAGAGUGCAAUGUUAGAACGACCAGGAAAAACUGGAUUUGCACUUCCAUAUAAAAUGUUUGAGAAAGGGAAGGUCGAAGACCCCAAUACCGGAAAAUCUUACUCUGUAAAGACCCAAUUCAAUUCGGAAGAACAGUGGACAAAAUCAUUAAAGUUCAUGCUUACCAAUUUAAAGUGGGCUUUGGCAUUUUUUUCCACUCUAACUGAUAAUGACUAACUAUAAUACGUAAUAAUAAUUGUAAGAAUAUUUAUUUGAGGAUUGUGUCGUACUUUGUGAUUUGUACACAUUCAUCAAGCAUGAUAAUGCUUGCAGCAGUCUAUGCUCUUCAAUAAGUCAUUAGUUUAUUAUUUCCCACCCAACUUAAUUUAUAAUUUAAUGGUACCUGAUAUAUAUUAUUCGAAAAUUAUGUAAUUACGAAAAACAAGCACGAUUUUAUUUUUUUGGUGGGUAUUACGAUUUGGUGUCUAUAUUUGUUGUGGUGAUGUGACUCGUGAAUAAACUUGCAACUAGUUAUUCCCAAGAAAA